CUUCAAUCUCCAAGAUGACCAGUUUUGGCGUUUCAUGUAGUGUCUUGUCUUUAAGGCUUUAACUACUCCACGGCAACAACCAAAGCUGUGAAGUGUGCAACAGAACAACGGUGUGUUAUCAACAUUAUGGCUAUAGUGGAAGAACCCAUCCUUUCGAGAUUGGACCGUAUUGACUUCAUGGUGAGGAAGCUAGAGGAGAUGAAAGGAAGCUCGAGUCCAUCGACUCCAUCGAGUGGCCGGACUCAUACAUCUUCACUGGAUCUGUCUUCACCGAGGAGGAGCACAGGGAAAAAACAUCAGUGCCGUUCGAUGGAGCAAGUGAUGGAGGAGACUAAACGUAAAGGAACGUUUCUAGAGAGACUAAACAACGUGGAGGAGCAAGUUCUCAAGCUCUGUUCACACUACGAGGAAGAGUUUAAGGAGGAUAAGGAGAAGAAGACAAAGAAGAAGAAGAAAGGGUUGAGGAAGCUGGUUGAUAAAGUUGUUGGACCUUCUUCUCCCACUACUAAUCACUCCAAUAGCUGGCGCCGCUAGGCCAUUCUACUCUGUUUUCCACGUGUAUAAUAAUUCAACCAUGUGUGAAAAGCUUUUUCUUAUUUUUUUCUGUGAUGAACCCAGUAGAGUCUUGAGUUUUUGUCAAAAUUUGUUCUGAUACUUUCAGACACUUGUUUUAGUUGUUUUUUGGUAUGUUUUUAUUACACCUGAUUACACUGUUUCAUUACAA